GAUAGCAUAGCUCUGUGACCUAGGCCUGCAGCCCUCCUUUCUGAUGUGCUAGGGAACUGUCAGGGCUCACUUGCCUGAGAACAACUGUGCGAUUCAGAUGUUAGAGAAUCUUGUCUCUCUUCUGAACAGCUUUUGUGCCACAUGGCUAAGCCUCUGCUCCACCCCUUGGGCUAUGGAUAUGAUCCUCGCCUUUGUGGGUGGAGUAGGGGUGUUCCUCGUGUUACUGCCCUUCCUCCCGGAUAAUCCAUCCCUACCACCUCCACCCCCACUCAGGAAGAAGAAACGUUCCAGAAAGUACCACAUGGUGAAGAAGGAUUGGAGUAGGAUCCAGAAAAGGAGCUGGACUCUGAGAGUUCGCGGAGUCUUCUGGGAGGAAGCAGAAGGGAUUAAUGAUCUGGAUUCACUUCUGCAUAGCCACCUGGGGAAUCUCCUACAUGGUAACAGAUUUAAUCAAUUGACAAGAGAAGAUGCCCCUGGUGAGACACUCCAACCAUUAUCUGCUAGAACUGACAAUGCAAGUAGGCAGCCUUUGGAGGACAUGUUUGUCUCCCCUUCAUCCUUUGUGGUUUCCCAAGCUCCUGCAUCUGAGCACCUCCCAUCUCUGACCUCUACCUUGUCACAAGGUCUGAAGACUUUCCCAGUUUCUGUUGGAUCACAAUUCCCCGUGAGGGCCUCUUCACCACCAGAGCCUUCGGGUCCUCUAGGAUGCCUCUUACCCCAACCAUUUUCAACUUCCUCUUCCCCAUUGCAUUCUCCUGGCCCCAUGGCUUCCCCACCACCUCUGCCUGACCCCGGCCUGGCUCUUACUCAGCAGGAUUCAACCCUCCUCCCACUGGAGUCCAUCCCACAGAGCUCCUCUCCACCCAACCACUGCCCACUGCCUUCUCCUGUCCCAGCAAUUUCAAUCCUUGGUCACUCAGUCUGUGCCAUCUCAGCUCUACCUCAGUGUCAGGAGCCUCCCAGAGCCUUAUGUCACUCCAGCAUUUCCAACAGUGAAGCCCAGAGAGGUUACGUUAUGGGCCAAGUGCCAGAGACCUCAUUCCUGGCAGACACUGCCCCAACACAGGUGGAGAAUGGUAGUUCUCAUUUCCUCAAUCCUGAAGUCCAGAAAGUGCUGGAAAUACUGAUUACCAAGAAAGUGGAACUGAAGAUCCAUAAGAACACUAAAGGGGAGGGGCAACCCGGCCCCCUGCAUUCUCUGGGGAAUAUGUUAGAGUCCCUGGGCAAAGAACAGGACCCUAUCACCCUGCCUCCAUUCUGGAAAACUGAAGCAGAAGUAGAGCAGCUUCCUACUUUGCCACAGCUCCCCUACCCGAAGAUCUUCUGAGGGGAUCAUGUGCAACACA